GCUUAGUAUAAAAGAGACACGCAUCUAGGUGGAAGCAUUUGCUCCUCAAUCACUGGAAUUGUUCUGUUCUACACACACAGAGAAGAGCAAUGAGGGCCUUCACUAUGCUGAGCUGGUGCUUGCUCGCGCUGCUUCUCCCCUCACUCAGUGCUGCAGGUCCUGUGCUUCUCCUGCCUCAGGACUGUCAGGAAGUCUACAGGAGUGGGGUUAAUGUUAGCGGAGUGUACACCAUCUACCCCUCACUGUCCAAGCCUGUAGAUGUGUACUGUGAGAUAAGCUGUGCUAGUGAUGAUGAGAAAUUCCAUGGAUGGACAGUGAUUCAGAGGAGAAUGGAUGGAAGUGUUGGUUUCAACAGGGAUUUCGAGACAUACAAAGGGGGCUUUGGGGACAAGAAUGGAGAAUACUGGCUGGGUUUGGACAACCUUCACCUGAUGACCAACAACAAGCUGUAUGAGCUACAAGUUGACCUGGAGGACUUUGAUGGACAGAAAGCAUCUGCUGUCUACAAAGUUUUCAUCGUGGGCCCUGAAACUAACGGCUAUGUGCUUCAAGUUGGAAACUUUGUAAACUAUGGAGCAGGUGAUUCUCUCUAUUAUCAAAAUGGACAGAAAUUCUCCACCUAUGACAACGAAAAUGCUAAUUAUGGCUAUUACUGUGCUGCACUUUACCAAGGAGGAUUUUGGUACAAUGGCUGCUUCUAUGCAAACCCCAAUGGCUUAUAUAUGGGGAGCCCAUACAGCUAUUCUGCUCCUAACUAUUAUUAUUAUUAUUAUUACUCUUAUUACUAUUCCCCUGGUGUUGUGUGGGGCUCUUGGAGAGGCUGGAAUUACUCCCUUAGGGGAAUCACUAUGAAAAUCAGGCCUUUGUCUUAAAGUCAUGUAACAGCUGAGAAUUUUCACCCUGGAAAUAAAACACAACUGUAAGCUUCUAGUUUAUCAAAGUGAUUCUGUGUGAACAUGCAUGUCUCUAAUCAAGUGCAUUAUAAAAAAAAAAAUAAACAAUAAAUUUCCGCUUAUAUGCUUUUCUCUUUCCAAGUACAAGAUAAUAAAAUGUGUGGUGGAUAUUGUAUGUAUUUCUUAACCAUGUAAUUAAAUGUAUUCUAGCAGUACCAGUA